AUGCCACAUUCAAUUCUCAAAGAUAGUUCAUCUAAACUACUCGAAACUCGUCGAAAUCGGCGGUUAGCAGACGGAAGUGGCAAUCUAUCACCAACUAAUAUAUCCACCACCUGUACCCGAGUAUCAUUCGGUCAGUCUACUAUACCGACAGGUUUAAUUGGUUCAUCAGCAUUCAACAGGCUGGCCGCCAUCGCCGACAGUGACCUAGAGAAAACAAGCAAUUUGCGCCAGAGGCGAACCUCUCUUCCGGUCAGUCCGAAUGCUUUCGCUUCAAGCAGAGCUGCUUUGCAAAGUAACCUGAUAGAAGCUCGUGGACUUAUAGCAGAAAUGCUAGCUAAUAAGGAUUUACCGCCAAUGGUUAUUUCAGGCUUGAAAGCAGUAGCCACUUUGCUAAAUCCUCAACCACCAUCGAUCAAUUUGCAUUUUGAUUUUGGUCUUCCAAUGGUUGUAGAAAAUCCAUACAGUGGUGAACAACUUCUCGUUGCUACGGUUAGUUAUUCCUGA